AGGAGGAGGAGGAGGAGGAGGAGCAGGAGGACUCACCGGGGUCGAAUCGAUGCGACAGAUCCUCGUCCACCACUUAUGACGAGAUGCACUCAUUAGAUAGCAGAUUUCGGACCUGACGGAUCUCCAAGGAUUCGUCUCAUUGAAAGUUAUCAGCCGCGUCGGCUUUCUCCCCCAACCCUGCACUCCCACCCCACCCCAUCCCACCUCACCUCACCUCACCUCACCUCGCUCCUACCCUUCGCUUAAGUACGGGACUUAAGGAGGACGAUAUCCGAACGAGGAGGAUGGGAAGCACAGAAUCGCUUACAAUGGAGAGGAUGCUUUUGCUGAUGAGCUUGCUGGCCCGGUUCGUCGUAGCGGAAGUUUUGCUCGGCAAUGUCGACGAACCACUGCCUACAUUAGACGUUAGCGCGGUGGCCGGUUUCAAAGCUCAGAUACCCUGCGACAUCGAUCCGCCGACUAGAGACGAGACCGUCAUCAUGGUAUUUUGGUACAAAGACGAGAAGGACGGCGAACCGAUAUACAGCAUGGACGCUCGUGGGAGGCAGAUAAGUCAGGCGAAGCUUUGGUCAGAUCCGUAUGUGUUCGGUGAAAGGGCGGUUAUGAGGACGAAGGUAAAGCCCGCCGAGCUCGAGAUAGAUCCUUUGGAGGCCACCGACAGCGGCGUGUACAGGUGCAGGGUGGAUUUUAAAAACAGUCCUACGAAGAAUCAGAGGAUUAAUCUUGUAGUCAUAGUGCCGCCGAAAAAGCCGGUGAUAUAUACCGGCGUCAGCAGGAGCCUGGCUAAAACGCUGCAGCCGUUUAACGAGGAUAGUGAGAUGUCGCUGUUGUGCGAAGUGAUCGGAGGUUCGCCACCGCCGAAGGUCGCGUGGUACUUGAAGGGCAAGAUGCUGGACGACACGUACACGCACGAGCACGACGAUAUCACGAUAAAUCGGCUGGACGUCUCCAGGGUCACCAGGGACUUUCUGAGCGCCAGGCUAAUUUGCAAGGCGAACAAUACGCAGCUUAUGACGCCCCUCGUCUCCGAGAUCAUUCUCGAUGUGAACCUGAAACCGCUGAUCGUCAACAUUACGAACAAGCGAGCGCACUUAUCGGCCUUAAGAACAUACGAGAUCGAGUGUCUGAGCUCGGGUUCCAAGCCGGAGGCGGUCAUCACCUGGUGGAAGGGCACGCAUCAAGUGAAACACAUGGCCAGAAAUUUCGCAGACAGUCCGAACGUCACGAGAAGCAUGCUGAGCUACGUGCCGACCAUCGAAGACGACGGCAAAUUUCUGACAUGCAGGGCGGAGAAUCCCGUGGUGCCCAACAGCGCGUUGGAGGACAAAUGGCACUUGCUGGUGUACUACGCUCCGGUGGUGAGCAUUAAGUUGGGUUCCAGUUUGAAGGCGAACGAUAUAAACGAGGGCGACGACGUGUACUUUGAGUGCGAGGUCCGCGCCAACCCUAAGUCCUACAAGCUCCUCUGGUUCAAAGACGGCAAGGAGCUGCAUCAGAACGCCACCGCGGGGAUCAUUCUUCCCGGCGGGCAAUCGCUGGUGUUGCAGAGUGUGACGAAAGCUUCCGCCGGGGAGUACUCCUGCAUGGCGGCGAACGUGGAAGGGAAAUCCACCAGCAGACCGGUAACCCUCGAAGUAAUGUACGCACCGAUCUGCAAGGACGGCUCUUCCACCCAAGUGGUCGGCGCCCUGAAGCACGAAACGAUCUCGCUGGUCUGCGGCGUACAGUCGAAACCGCCACCUAUGACCUUCCACUGGACCUUCAACAACUCCGGCGAACUGAUGAGUGUACCGGCCACCAGAUUCGCGCAGGUGAAGCCGCUCAGUCUGAUCACGAGCCACUGGCACGGCUCCAGGCUGAAUUACACGCCGGCGAACGACAUGGACUACGGCACGGUCGCCUGCUGGGCGCGAAAUCGGAUAGGGGUGCAGAGAACACCCUGUCUCUUUCAGAUCAUCGUCGCCGGGAAGCCUUACCCUUUGCAGAACUGCACCGCCCUCCAGUCAACCGGACCCUACGCGUAUCGAAUGGGUCACGAAGACUUUAAAGCCACCGACUCGAGGGACGCGGACUGGUUGAUCGUCAGGUGCUCCGAGGGAUUCGACGGUGGUUUGCCCUUGACUAAUUACGAGCUCGAGGUCUACAGCGAAGAGAACGUUUAUCAUGUCAAUACCAUCUACCUGAACCACACCGAUAGAUCCGGCUCAUCCGGCCCGGUCUUCGAGGUUCCCGGCUUAGAGCCCGGCCGGAAUUAUAGACUUCAUCUUUAUGCCGUCAAUGCCAAGGGUCGCAGUGACCCUGUUGUCCUGGAACCGGUCACGCUCAAGGGAGUGGCGAUGUACACCACUGGUCGCGGGAUUUCCGACGAGACGACCGAUUAUAGCCUCCUGGUGGCAUGCUUCGCUGGCGGUAUAACCGCUAUUUGCAUUCUGAUCGUCGGGAUAACGCUGACCCUGUACCGUCGCAACCAUCCGACGCAGCCGGUGAAGGUGCAGGCGGAGUUGGUGCAAUACGAGAGCAAGGAGGACCACCAUCGCUCGGCCGCGUCAUUGCCGACAACGGCGGCGGCGGCGACGACGGCGGCGGCGGCGACGGCUACGGCCACGGCUACGAGCACAGCGACGGCGACGGCGACGAACGAGACUCGGCGGGAUGACCUGAAGGGGCAGAUAAACGCGGAAUUGCCGGACGACGAUCCGGACGUGAUACCAAGUAAGGCCGAGAAACGGCCGAAUAUCUUCGAGCCGGGCUACGCGAGCAACAAGCCCGAGCGGGCGAAAGACUUUAGGUAUCUCGAGGACCUCGAUUACCCAUCACCGUCGUCGGUGCUUCACGCCAAGGACUCCUGGAUCUAUCCGAACGGCUACGUGGAGAAGGGCGAGAAGAGCCUGAGCCCGAUACGACCGAGCACACUGCCGGUGCACCGCACUCACGAUAUUUACACGAGGAGUUUGCGUGUACAGGAAAGUUGUAUAUAAACGAAGUAGCGGUGCGCCCGCCGCGAAUCAGCCCUCCGGAUCCUACGCCAAAGACCGUCGUCGUACGCGAUUAACGACGCC